CACCAAGACCCAUGCCUCUCUUUCAACAGAACGAUGUCGUCGAUACCAAGAUCACUACGCAGCAUGGUAGCAACGCCGUCGUACCAGCUUCCGGAAAUGGCGGAGGAGUCGGAGGCUUGGACGGUUCUACUAGAGGGUCAAUACCCCGUCUUUCCGAUGGUACGUCCACAUAGGAGAUCACAUCGCGAGCCAGAACAGCUGACGUAGCUGAAGGAAAGAAAUCCGUUGUACUUACUCCAGUAUCGCACUUCCAAGAUCGGGUGAUAUUGUACAUGAACCGUGGAUGAAUAUUGCAGAGGAUUUUGACUCCGGAACCUCUGGUAAGUCGGCCGUUGUCACCAGACCUGUAUAAUGGGAGAAUUACAGUGGAUUGGAUUGAGGAGAACGAGCAUGUGGCACAGUUUUCUGAUUGAUG